AGGCGGCUGUGAUGACGUCACGCGUGACAACUUCCCGCCAGAGCCUGCAUGGGCUCGGGUUACCACGCCGGUGGGCAGAACCUCCGCAUCGCGAUGAUGAUGAUGAUGAUGAUGAUGAGGACGAGGAUGAGGAUGAGGAUGGGUUGAAUUCCGAUGCUCAUUGCAACAGCAGACUGGAGUAUCGGACGUCGACGGGAUAGCACUAAGACGUCCAUAAGACAGGCAUUAUGAUCCCCGUGAUGGAAUUCCGGCAGUUCUCGGAGCAGCAGCCGGCCUUCCGAGUCCUGAAGCCGUGGUGGGACGUGUUCACCGACUACCUGUCCGUGGUCAUGCUCAUGAUCGGCGUGUUUGGAUGCACGCUACAGGUAAUGCAAGACAAGAUCAUCUGCCUCCCGCACAGAUCCCGGUCGUCUCCGGGGAACACGACGGAAGUAGAGGUGACGGCAUUGCACGUGCAUUACAACAUGUCGGCGGAACCGAGAGAAAUGACAGGCCUGAAGACGGACCUGGACCUCCAGCAGUACAGUUUCAUCAACCAGAUGUGUUAUGAGAAGGCGCUGCACUGGUACGCCAAGUACUUCCCUUAUUUGGUCCUGAUUCACACUCUGGUUUUCAUGGUGUGCAGCAACUUCUGGUUCAAAUUCCCGGGUUCCAGCUCCAAAAUAGAGCACUUUAUCUCCAUGCUCGGCAAGUGCUUCGACUCUCCCUGGACCACCCGGGCUUUGUCCGAGGUUUCUGGCGAAAACCAAGAAGAGAACGACCGUAAAAAGAGCGGGAGUGCCCGGUCCAACAUGGUGGCGUCCCCCGCAGACGUCGGUUUAGAGAAUACACAAUCGCUCAAGUCCAUCCCGGAAAAGAUUGUGGUGGACAAACCCUCGGCGAGCGUUCUUGAUAAAAAGGAGGGGGAACAAGCCAAAGCUCUUUUCGAGAAAGUGAAGAAGUUCCGCUUGCACGUGGAGGAGGGAGACAUUCUCUACAUCAUGUAUGUUCGCCAGACAGUCUUCAAGGUAUUUAAGUUCCUGCUGAUCAUCGCAUACAACAGUUCCCUGGUCAACAAAGUGAGGAACAGAGUGCGCUGCGAGGUGGAGAUACAGGACAUGACGGGCUACAAAGAAUUUGAAUGCAACCACACCAUGGCUCACCUCUUCUCCAAGCUCUCCUACUGCUACUUGUGCUUGGUGGCCGUCUACGGAUUAACCAGUCUGUACACCUCCUACUGGCUCUUUUACCGCUCCCUCAAAGAGUACUCCUUUGAGUACGUGCGCCAGGAAACGGGCAUCAACGACAUCCCGGACGUCAAAAAUGACUUUGCUUUUAUGCUGCACAUGAUCGAUCAGUAUGACCCACUGUACUCCAAAAGAUUUGCCGUUUUCCUCUCCGAGGUCAGCGAGAACAAGCUGAAGCAACUCAAUCUGAACCACGAGUGGACGGCGGACAAGCUGCGUCAGAGACUGCAGGUCAACGCCAACAAUCGACUUGAGCUGCAGCUCUUCAUGCUCCCCGGGCUGCCCGACACCGUCUUUGAGCUGACAGAGCUCCAGUCGCUUAGAUUAGAGAUCAUCAACAACGUCACUAUCCCUGCCUCAGUCUCCAAGCUGGAAGACCUCCAAGAACUGUCUCUCUACCAGUGCUCAAUUAAGCUACACACCACAGCGACUUCCUUCCUCAAAGAGAACCUCAAAGUACUUCGGGUCAAGUUUGAUGACAGCAGAGAAUUCCCGAGCUGGCUGUAUGGUCUGAGGAACUUAGAGGAGCUCUAUCUCACGGGAUCGCUCUGCCCCGACGCCUCCAAGAAUAUUGUUCUCGAGUCACUGCGGGAGAUGAAGUGUCUGAAGAUGCUUUCGUUGAAGAGCAACUUCACCAAGAUACCCCAGUCCAUCGUGGACGUCUCCAGCCAUCUGCACCGGCUCUACCUGCACAACGACGGCACCAAGCUGGUGAUGCUCAACAAUCUGAAGAAGAUGAAUAACCUGACUGAGUUAGAGCUGGUGCACUGUGACCUGGAGCGCAUUCCUCACGCCAUCUUCAGCCUUACCAGCCUGCAGGAGCUGGACCUGAAGGAGAACAAUCUUCGUUCCAUCGAGGAGAUCAUCAGCUUCCAGUAUCUCCGCAAACUCACCUGUCUUAAGCUUUGGUACAAUGGCGUGAUGUAUAUUCCCGAGCACAUCAAGAAGCUCGGGAGUCUCGAGCGUCUCUAUUUCAGCCACAACAAGAUUGAGAUCUUACCAUCACAUUUGUUCUUGUGCAACAAACUGCGCUACCUGGAUCUGUGCCACAACGACAUUAGGUUCAUCCCUCCAGAAAUCGGAGUCCUUCAGAGUCUGCAGUACUUCUCAGUCGCCUGCAACAAAAUUGAGAAUCUACCCGACGAGCUCUUCUUCUGUAAGAAGCUUAAGACGCUCAAGCUGGGCAAGAACUCCCUGUCCAUACUCUCGCCAAAGAUUUCCUACCUUGCUCAGCUGACGCUCCUGGAGCUCAAAGGGAACCACUUUGAGGUUUUGCCCCCAGAGUUGGGCUUCUGUCGCGCCGUGAAACGCAGUGGCCUCAUCGUGGAAGACGUGCUGUUCGAAACACUGCCCUCUGACGUCAGAGACCAGAUGAAGGCGGAGUGAGAUGUUUGACUGCCACCACCAUGUCUGCUUUGUCGUGUUCAACAAUUUCAUUGGCACACUUUGGGCUCGCACUGUUUAUAGGGCUCUGAGUGGGCGUUCACGCCGGAAGUCCGGUUCCAUUGUCCGGACUACAAACUUUUUUAAAAGCCCCGAUAGCAUCACUUUGAUGUGGUCUGGUUUUCAAUCACACUUGUAUUUUUGUUAGCGGACCAAAUGAGGAUCUCAUUUAGUCAAAUGUAUGAAGUCGCACCAUGUGUGACGUGUACGUUGACCAAAGAAAGUCGCCCACCCAUAAACAACAUCUGUCAGGUUACAAAUGAUUCUAGAACUUUCCUUUCUAUGGCCAUAAUUUGACGUGUUGACAUUUUACCAGCUGCGAUGUAGAGGACGUCAAAACGCUUACCGGCGAUAGCUGCAAGGAGACAGCGUUUCUAACGACUUUAGCAAACUGGAAAGAUUAACACGACCCCUUUGUUGAAAAGAUCCAAGUAUGUUUAACUACUGGAUUUGCAUCGAACUCGGAUACUUUUUAUGAUUUUCACUUAGCUUUCUGUUGGGUUUUGCUUGCCAUCUUCCUUUCAUAUAUGGUGCCUUGGUUCACACUUGGCAGAACAGUGGAGAGGGGUUAGUGCGUCUGCCUCACAAUACGAAGGUCCUGAGUAGUCCUGGCUUCAAUCCCAGGCUCAGGAUCUUUCUGUGUGGAGUUUACAUGUCCCCCCCGUGACUGCGUGGGUUCCUUACGGGUACUCUGGCUUCCUCCCACCUCCAAAGACAUGCACCUGGGGAUAGGUUGAUUGGCAACACUAAAUGGGCCCUAGUGUGUGAAUGUUGUCUGUCUAUUUGUGUUGAGGUGGCGACUUGUCCAGGGUGUACCCCGCCUCCUGCCCGAUUGUAGCUGAGAUAGGCACCAGAGCCCCGCCGCGACCCCAAAAAGAAUAAGCGGUAGAAAAUAGAUGGAUGGAUGGAUGGUUCACACUUGCCUUACUUCAGACUAGAGUUAGCUGGUAGGCUGACUUAGGGUAGUUCACACCUGUCAUUUUGGUUCCACUUAAAACAGACUUAGGUACCGUUUCUCAGCUAGUACAGUUUGUUUGAUCAAAUGUCCAUGCAGUCCAGCACCAAAAGGAACAGAUCAAACAGGGGAACCGAGACCACCUGGAAGAUGGGUUUUGGUUGACCUUCCAGUGGGUUCAAGUCCUGAGUCAAUCAAGUGUGAAUGCAAACCGCAUACCGGAUGGAAAUAUGGUAUGUCAACAAUGCGGGUGUAACCAAGCGUUGCACAGCAGAAGUGUAAAGAGGAAGUGUAUCUACUUGGAUCAAUCAGUAGAAACGUCUCAUUUUUUGAUAACUUCACUUCAUACGAUUCAAGUUGUUUUCAGUGUGUGAAGUUGUCCAACUAAAUAUUCACAUACACCAAGGUCGCAACUUCAUGCAUUUAAACAACGAAGAGUGUUAUUUGUUGCGCUGACAAAAAUACAAGAGUGAACACAAACCACCCUGAAUUACUAAAAGUAUUUGUACCAGACUUCAAGAGUCCCGAGACCCAUCUCUCAGUCAGUCUCGUUCCUUCUGUUUAGUUGGGCCCCGGGUUCGGUGGACUGCAUUCACACUGGAUCAAAACAAAUUGUACUAGCAGCGCAAACAGACUAGAGUUUGUUUUCACUGGACCAAAACUUACUUUUAGCGUUCCUUAGUCUAGCUGCGAUCCUACUGACAAGGAUGUCCACUGAUCUUAUUCUGCCUUAUUUGCGAUGGCGACCGAGUCUAACCCGCUUGGUUCAGUGCCUGCUUUUCUGUUAGGCCCAGGAAUUGAUUCUGGCUCGUCUCUCAUGCCCGACGACUUAGGUCCGGGUCCCGUGGGAAACAGAAAAGCAGGGACUGCCGAGACCCGUUUGAAAGUGAGGUUUAGGGGGAUGAGUGUAACUGAUUGUACGUUGGUAAACCUCACUCUCUGAUUACCUCAAGAGCAGUGCUCGGGCUCUUAGCUCUGUAGAUAACACGUUCGUCUCUAAUGCCGGACUGGAAGACCCAGGUUUGGGACUGAACCAAGAGCACUAAGAGACAGUGACAAAAAUGCCAAAGAUAAAAUUGCUCUAUCCUGUUUUUACCCACACAUUUGGUCAUUUUAUUAGGUACUAAUCUCUGCAAACCCGUACAAUGUUUUGAAGAACAAAAAUAUUGUCAGUUUCUGUUUUUUUUUCCGUUUCCUUGGGGAUUUCAAUCAAUGGCAACUGGACUGUUCAGUUUAUCUCCAAAGACUCAUCCGAGUAAGCUUCAUCAGUUCACGCUCAUGGACUCAGUUUGGUCCAAGUCCAGUUGCGAUCGAUUGAAUGUCCUGAGAAUGCAAUGACCCGGAUAAUGACAAGAUCUAUAGUACAAGUACACAGUACACAGAUUGGUAACCCAGAGCCUUAAUGAAAACUUCAUCCAUAUUCAUACACACUUCCAUACUGGGUUUCACAAGAGUGUGUAACUAGAAUGUGUCCAAAUGUGAUGUCCUUUGUUAUUAAUAAUACUGGCCAAGGAUAUUAAGAGUUGUUUCAUGUAAAUGUUGGCGUUUGAUUCCGAACACCAUCACUUCUAUCUGACGCAGACGGAUAUAUUUCUAACUGGUAUGAACACAGCACAGAGGUUGAUGUCCACAAAUCAUCACAAUUGCCUUUUAGAUCAGGAAAAUCAAACGCCGAAGGUAUUUAUCGUCACGUUUAUUGACACGUGUGUGAAGCGACCGGGAUGAGAAUCAGCACCUCCAAGUCCGAGUCCAAGUUCCUCGCCCGGAAAAUGGUGGAGUGCCAUCUCCGGGUUGGGGAGGAGAUCUUACCCCAAGUGGAGGAGUUCAAGUACCUGGGAGUCUUGUUCACGCAUGAGGGAGAUGGACAGGCGGAUCGGAGCGGCGUCUUCAGUAACGCGGACGCUGUAUCGAUCCGUUGUGGUGAAGAAGGAGCUGAGCCGGAAGGCAAAGCUCUCAAUUUACUGGUCGAUCUACGUUCCCAUCCUCACCUAUGGUCGUGAGCUUUGGGUCAUGACCGAAAGGACAAGAUCCUGGGUACAAGCGGCCCAAAUGAGUUUGGGUCUCUCCCUUAGAGAUAGGGUGAGAAGCUCUGUCAUCCGGGAGGAACUCAAAGUAAAGCUGCUGCUCCUCCACAUGGAGAGGAGCCAGAUGAGGUGGUUCGGGCAUCUGGUCAGGAUGCCAACCGAACGCCUCCCUCCAACCUGUCCAGGGUGUACAGGUUGGAGGCCACGGGGAAGACCCAGGACACAUUGGGAAGACUAUGUCUCCCGGCUGGCCUGGGAACGCCUCGGGAUCCCCCGGGAAGAGCUAGACCAAGUGGCUGGGGAGAGGGAAGUCAGGGCUUCCCUGCUUAGGCUGCUGCCCCCGCGACCCGACCUCGGAUAAGUGGAAGAAGAUAGAUGGAUGGAUGGCAUUAUCUCAAUUUAUAGAGCUGCUAGAAUUGUCUGAAAAUCGGACCCGUGUGAAGUCGGCGCCCUUAUGGUUGCAAAUACUAAAAUAACUGCUUAUUUCUUUGCGCGGAUUUUUGUUUGUGCCGUUACGGUUGAUAAGUUAUUCCAAAAUAAAUUUUCUGACUAGUGAUGUCAAAACUCCCUUCGAACUUGUCCAAUUAGUUUUUUGACACAAUUUUUUUUUUUUUGCAUAACUGUUAUAGUUUCUAUGUUAUUAACAUGUUAUUAUUCAUAACCAGCCGCCCCCACACACACCUGGUCAAAAUCUCCUCAAACUUGUCCAAUUCAUUUGUCCUAUUUUUUGGCUAAAUUGUAUGUCAAAUAACAUAUUAUUUAUAACCCCCCCCCCCCCCAACCUUGUCAAAAUCACCCCAAAUUUGUCCAAAAAAUUUGUGCUGCAAAAUUAAUCCGCCUGUUAUCGUUUAUGUUAUUAACGUUUUAUAGUUAUGUUAUUAACUUGUAAUUAUUCUCGCCAAACUUUUCUCAUUUGUUUGUGCUGCAAAAAUGUAUUGUCCAACUAUUAGUUUUUAACGUGUUAUUAUUCAUAACAAGCCACCCGCUCUCCCAACCAAGCCAAAGUCCCCCCAUUUGUUUUGUGUACUUAAUUUUCCUGUCCAACUAUAUUAUAGUUUUUAUGUUAUUAACGUGUUAUUAUCCAUAACCAUCGUCAUAAGAUACAUAUCACAUAUUAUUUUUGCGGCAAAAACAUAACUCAAACGUUUGGGGACAAGAGUGGGGAGAUUUUGACAAGUCAGAACAUGCAUUUUAGUCUUGGACGUCCUUUUAUUGUCAUUCAAAUUCGAACUUUACACUACAGAUAACAGAACAAAAGUUGUUAUAUUAGCCUGUUGUAGUGCAGCAUAAAAGAGCAAUAAGGUAAAGAUAUAAAUAAACAGAUUACUGCACAAAUAAAUAUAUUGUACUUUUGCAUAUGCAUCCACGUUUAUGGAUGUGCACUAUAUCAUUAUCACACGCUUUGCACUGGACUUGGUGAUGUAUGGCUUAGAUGCAGCGGCCCGGCCAUGGAAACACAUUCCUCGAAGCUCUCUGCGUACUGUACGUGGGCUAAUUAGAAGGUGACAUGAAAUGUGGAACUCUGCAACAACUGACUGUGCAGAAAGUCUUUGCACUAUGCUGACCUCUCUGUCAGUUUACGUGGGCUACCACUUUGUGGCUGAGUUGCUGUUGUUCCCAAACUUUUUAAUUUUCCUAUAAUAAAGUUGACUUUGGAAUAUUUAGGAGCGAGGAAAUUUCACAACUGGAUGUGUUGCUCAGGUGGCAUCCUAUGACAAGUUCCACGCUGGAAAUCACUGAGAGCGGCCAAAUCUUUCACAAAUGUUUGUAGAAACAGCCACCGUGCUCAAGUGCUUGAUUUGAUACACCUGUGCCAAGUUACAGUCUUUUUCAACCUUUUUUGAGCCAAGGCACAUUUUUGCGUUGAAAAAAUGCGGAGGCACACCAUCAGCGGAAAUCCUUAAAAAAACUAAACUCAGUUGACGGUAAAAAGUCGUUGUCGCAAUUGUUGGAUGUGACUUUAAAGCAUACAUCACUAUAGCUCUUGUCUCAAAGUAGGUGUACUGUCACCACUUAUUUGGACUUUUUUGCUGUUUUCCUGUGUGUAGUGUUUUACUUCUUGUCUUGCGCUCCUAUUUUGGUGUCUUUUUCUCUCUUUUUGGUAUUUUCCUGUAUCAGUUUGUCUUCCUUUGAGCGAUAUUUCCCGCAUCUACUUUGUUUUAGCAAUGAAGAAUAUUUCAGUUGUUUUAAAUCCUUCUUUGUGAGGACAUUGUUGAUUGUCAUGUCAUGUUCGGAUUUACAAUUGUCUUUGCUCCACAGUAAGUCUUUGCUGUGGUCCAGCAUUGUUUUUAAUUUGUAGCCAAUUUAGUUUUAGUAUUGUUCUGCAUAGCCCUCCCUAAGCUUCAAUGCCAUAGGGGCUCUCAUCUUUUGUUUAUUUUUGGUUUAAGCAUUAGACACUUUUUUUUUACCAGCAUGCUGCCUCCCGCUGUUUUCUACAAACCAAUUAGCUACCGGCUGCCACCUACUGAUAUGAAAGAGUAUUACACGGGGUACUCUGCAAAGCUCAAGACAGCACCGACACUCAACAACAACACAUCUUUUUCCGACCAUAAUUACUGGUUUGCAAAAAAUAUUUUUAACCCAAAUAGGUGAAAUGAGCUCAUCUCCCAUGGCACACCAGACUGUAUCUCACGGCACAUUAGUGUGCCGCGGCACAGUGGUUGAAAAACACUGGAUUAGGACACCUGAUUCUCAUCAGUUGGUAAUAUAGUGGAUGUUAUAUUGUCUUUGGCCCUGCGAUGAGGUGGCGACUUGUCCAGGGUGUACCCCGCCUUCCGCCCGAUUGUAGCUGAGAUAGGCGCCAGCACCCCCCCGCGACCCCAAAAGGGAAUAAGCGGUAGGAAAUGGAUGGAUGGAUGGGUUAUAUUGUCUUUAUAUUCCAGCAAGUUAAUCCAUUUUGGGGGGGGGUUGAAGGGAUUAUUAUGAUGCGUUCAUAUUUUAUAUUCUUAUUAUAAAAUGCAUCGUAUUUUAUAAUAUUUGCAAUGAUAAGGAGGGCCAACUUCACACAGGUUCAAAUCUGACGCACUAAAAAAUGUCUUAUAUUGAGCCAUGUUUUGCUUAAAGCACUGUUUAUUAUUAUUAUUAUAAAGACUAUUUUUUUAAACACAAUAAACAUUUGCAAGUACGUAGUGA